AUGUUAAAGGUUAAAGAUUACAAGCAUUUAAGGCUAGAAGAUUUAACAUCUAAACCAGAGUCAAGUGACGAUGAUGAUCAUUCUGAUGGAGGUUAUUCGGAUUAUAUUAACGAUGGACUAUCUGAUGAAGGCUGGUCCGAGGAUGGCGCUAAUAAAAGUCUACGUUGGCCUUGUCCUCUGUGCACCAAAGUGUUUACUUCUCGCGCUGGAGUCGCUCGACAUCGAAGUAUUGCCCACGGUCCUAAUCGUGGUCGACCCAGAGGUCGUUGGGCUAAUCCGUACAUGGCGAGUGUUCGGCGUAGAGCUAAACUGAAAGAAGCUAUUGCUGAGGCUACAGAUGAAGAUUUGAUUGAAUUUGUUGCACCAAAAUUGUGUAAACUGAUUAGUCCAUGGGAUCAUUUGCUUUUACGUUCUGAACACGGUAAUCCACCUCUGCCUCAAGUUCCUCGUGUUGUUUUGGAUUUUUUGAGUUUAGUGGAGCGUGCUCGAUCAUUUCUUGGUGAUCAGUUAGAGGCACAACCAAAACGUCUUAAAAAUGCGAAAAAGACAUCUGAAGGGAAUUCAGAAAAUCAAAAAGGUGAAACAAAUGAAGCGGGUGAAUCCGAUGCAGAUGGUGGUGAGGAAUCACAAAAUAAGUCAAAAUCUCAAGAAAAUGGUGUUGGUGAGGAAGGAGGACAAGAUGGCGAGGAAGAGGAGGAGGAGGAAGAGGACGAAGACGACGAAAAUGAUGAUGCCAUCAUAGUUAAGGUAGAUACAGAUGAACAGUCAGCAGCUUUAGGUUUACCGCGUGGCAAAUACAUUGUUAAAGAACCUUUAUGUGAAGAAUACCUACCUAGACGUUUUCGAUCAGUGUUGGCGGCACAACGAGCUAAAGCAGCUGCUGGAGAUGCUUCCGACUCUGAUAACGCGAGUGUAGGCCGUGCGAAACGUGCUGUGAUCGCUGUAGAAACAGCUGAAGACGAUGAAGUGGAUGCGACGCUACGCAGUGAAAUUGCUUCAACUGAAGGCUCAGGCCAACAACACUUUAGAGAGACUGGCGGCAAUACAACAAAUCAAGCUACAGAUAAUCAAUCACAAAAUAUUAUUUCAUUGGGUGAAGAAUUGCUUCUUCUUCCUGAAGGAGGUUUAGGCGGUCCUGUUCCAGAUGAAUGGCUUACCAGUGGUGCUUUUCUUACAGUAUUAACUGAAAAUGGUCAAACUAGUGAUUUAGUUAUGGAAGCUGCCACGGGUCGUCUAUUCCACCGUCCAACUGGUCAUCUAGUCAGUCUAGCUGAUUCUCAGCAAACAAAUCAAUCCGGUGAAGUUGGUGAAUUCCAAGAUGAGAGUUAUGCUGCAUAUUCACAAAAUGGUGAUGAACAAACAGUUUCAACAUCGAAACAAUCUAUUCCUGAGAAACGUAAAGGUGCCGGUGGUGGUGGUGGUGCUAGCACAUCGACAAAGUCGAAACCUACAUCCAAGCCAAAAACUAAAGCAGAGCCUGAUGCAGGCAAUAAUAAUGAUGUUUUAUCACAACAAGAACAAAUACUUGCACAACUUGCUGAGAAUGGAGAUGUUGUCGAUUUGAAUACACUUUUCCCUGGAGUAUCUGUUACUGAAGUGUCACCUGGUGUUUGUCUGGUCACUAAACCAAAUGGAGAUCGUUUCAAUGUAAGUCAUUCAGAUGACAAAAGUUUUUUUCGAGUUUUCUGAUUACAUGUUCAGUUUAUCAGUUAUUGUUACCGACAUACUUUUAUUGAACAUGAUUUUUUAGUUAUGUUGGUGAAAUGUUUAGGUGACAGAGCUCAAAAACUAUGUAGCGCCCAGGGAAAUCUACGACAGGAAG